UGAAUAUAUACUACCUAAUAAUCCAUAACUGUAGCUAUGCAUUAGCCUUCCAGCACCCCGUCUCGGUUACACUAACCAUGAAAUUGAACAAAGAUUUUAAGUGGUCCAAGAAAGCAGUAAGAGUAGACACUAAGGUCAUUUCUAUUUUUAACAUACUCUACCCACUGUGUGAAUGUACUUGAGGUGAGUGAAAGCUGACACACCAGUUAUCUUAGUUAUGUCUGGCUUGUUUUCUCCUUUGAGCCAUAGCAGAUAUUUGACCCUUGUCAGUAAUUCAUAGCCUUUUUAAUAGGCCUAUAUGAAUAUGAGACAUGUUUAAAUUUAUUCCUAAGGCUCAGAGAGUUGAAACUUGUCCAUCCUCUAGAGUUUCUUUCUUUCUUUUUCUUUCUUCCAGUAAAUAUCUUUAUUAUGUCCAUAACUAAUUUAACUGAAUUGAGAUGGAAACAAAUGUCCUGCCAAAUAUUAAUUUCUGUGUCUGCUAUCAGCUGAGAUUCUAGUGCUUCUCAGCUAAAUCUGGGACAAGAUGCUUCAGACAGACCAUUUAGUUCAAAUUCAUUUCAAUUUAAUUCAAUUAUAAAAAGAAGCUUUACAGAAAUGGAAAGGGAAAACUCCCAGAGACAAUAUAAGGAAGAAACCUUGAGAGGAACCAGACACAAAAUGAAACUCGUUCUCUUCUGGGUGACACCAGAUAGUGGGAUUAUAGAUCAUUACUCUUCUUAAACUGUAUAAUAUAAUGUCAAACAGUACUAACACAUUUGUUAUAAACAACAUGCAAAAGGUUAAGGUCAAUUUGGGCUUAGAUCACUGUUCAGCUAUCUAAUAACUUCAUGCUGCAGACUGUCAGAGUUUUAGUUUAUUUAACUACUUUUUAUGCAAAUAGUAAACCUCCUCAACUAAAAAACUGCCUACACGAUCAUUAAUUUUAUGUUCAAUAAUGUAGUGCAGUUUAUGCUAUUUCAGAUACCUCAUUUCAGAGGGGCACAGGGGGUCCAACCUUACUGUGCAGGGGCAUUGCUUGCCCCAGACCAUCCCUACACCAGUGUCAUAAACCUCUAUAAUUAUGAAGACAAUAUAAAUGGACCUCCAGCUUGGCCUGACCAGCUACCAGCUUCCAAAACACAGGUCGAGCUGAACAAACUGGUAGACCAUCUUUUUUUUUGUCAUCGAGUAAGUUAUUUUACAGCUCCUUAUUACUUGAAAAAUUAAUCAGUAAAUGUUUUGAGAAUUAUCUUACUGUUGUGUCAUUUUCAAAAGUCAGCCCAAGCUGGAUUUUUCAGCAGGGAUACUGAGUUCACAGCCAUCUGUCUUGAAAAUAAAGAACACUAAAAAAAAAUUAUUUUUCUUUCAGUUACAUGUUAUACAGUGUUUUUUUUUUUCUUUAGAAGACAGUGUGCCUGUAUGUUCCACACUCGAGUCUAAUCCCCACCUGUUGUUGCUCUCUCCAGCGGCGGGCUUUAUGCAGUGGGCGGAGCUACAAGCAAAUCAGCAGCACAACAGUGAAGGGUCGCAUUAUCGAGACCACCUGCCGCCUAUCGCCUGGUGUGCAACCUGAAACCCAGGAAUAUGGUGACCAAACGGAUUAGGUCAGAAUAUAUGAAGAAAUUUAAGGAUCCGAAAUGGGAAACGUACGCGAAGUGUUAUGAGGAUUUGGUGAACUACAGACUGUCGAGGCGGUUGCUGGAGCAAACACACAACCCGUGGUUUUGGGAUGAAUGUGGAAGCGACACAGAGUCCAGCGGCAAAUGUACACCUCAGGAGAGAACUAAGGACUACGGGCUGCAGAAGGAGGAAGAGGCACCAACAGCAGAGACAGCAGUGCACGAAGAGCAUGGAGCAGAAGAGGCGAGAGAACCGGAUACAAGCCAGAUCAGAGAACAAGUAACAGAAGAUGUUAAACCUCAGGAAAAGGAGGAAGAGAAAGGCACAGCACUCUCCCCUGUGGCCCCUGUCAUCCCACCAGAAAGGUAUCCCCGUGUUCAGACCAAUAUGAAAAGCAAACCAAGGCAUUCAUCCAAGCCAACCCGAACUAAAGCCAAGCAUCACAUCACCAAAGACACUGACAAAGAAAGCAGACAUCCUUUUGCUAUGUAUGGCUCAGGAGACAGACAGGCAGAUAUGGCCUCGAAAAGAACGCACAAUGUUGGUCCAGCUGCAUCAACCAAGGAGAUCCAUGAGUCUGCACUACGAGCAAAGACCAGACGAGAGGUUGAGAAACAGAUGAAGAGAAUGGACAAGCGAAGAGCAAAGUCAGCUGACUUGGAAAAGUUGAACAAAAGCAAGCUCGUCCCUGAUUAUAACCCUUGGAUGACUGAGUACAUGCGCUGCUUCUCUGCUAGGUCGCAGUAAAUCUCUGAGACUGCCAGCAACAUUCCUUCCAGUCACAGGUAGAGAUCUGCAUCCAGCUUGCCAGUCUUCCUUAAUGGAUUAUCAUGAAAAAUCAAAUGACAAAAUGAUAUUUUAGGUCUGUGCUAUUUAUUUGAUCUUACUUGCCCAAUUUCUUGCCUCGUGUGUUGACUGGUAUUAGUUAUCAGAAUUUUAAAAGAUGUCAGGGACCAGUAAAAUAAUAGAUUUUAUAUUGCAUUUUAAAACCACAGUCAGCCACCAGAGCAUUCUCUCCGAGUCUGCCAACAUUAAAAUAUAUGUUGUAUGUUUUAUUUGCAUUGGUGCAGAACCUCAAAACUGGACUAUCAGACGCAGUAAUCCACAACAGAAGCCUACUGUACAAAAUGAAAGCUAGUUUUAGCAUCGUUCAAUAAUUUUAACUUGCAUUAUUAACAUAUCAUGAAUAGUGUAUUGAAGAUGCUAAAUUUUAGACUCAGGCUUUUUUUUUCUAGGAAUUACAUGUGUCAGUUUUGAUGGUUUAUAUUUGCCAGUAUGUACUGGCAAAUUAGAUGUAAUUAUGAUGAUAAGUUUACACUCAAUCCAUUCCAUAGUGUGAUUUAUGGCAUAGAUUUACUUUCACUGAGGACAUGUUCCUACAACCUUUUGAUAUGCCUGGUUUUGUAAAAGACUUCCAAAGCAUCCAUCCAAAGCAUCGGUUUAAAUGAAACCACUAUCUUUUUUUUGACCUGUCAUUAUGUCCCCAGCACUUUUCAAAGUUUACAAAAGUUGUACUCAUUAUCUACACAGUGUAGCUUAAUUGAAGUGGGACAAAUAUCUCUGGUUUAAUGUGAAUAUGUAUUCUGUAUUGUUCAGCAUAAAUUACAUAAUGCUACAGAAAUGCUACAGAAAAUGCUGUGUAAUAUCUUUUUCAGGGAAGAAAUAUCGUGCCCAAUGGUGCACCACUAUGUUGCCCUUGUUACUGUAACAUUAUGACAUCCUAAAAAUCUACUUAGCUUGUAAUAGAGGAUUGGGCCACCACUGAUUCCAGGAUUUUUGAAGACUAAAAUGACAUUAGUAUUUCUCAAGGAUGCUAAGCAAGUAAUUUUUCUGUAUUGUAAUAGUGAUUUGUUUAGUGGUGAAUUGUUAGUGAUUAUAAUGAAGCCAUAAUGUUGCUUCUGAGUCACAGAAGAACAAAGAUCUACCAGUUAUUGUCUGUGUAAAAAGCUGAGCGAUCUGGUUUGAAGAGUGCAUAGAUAUGACUUUAGGGUUUGUGGUUUUGGCUGUAUGUGAACGUGCAGUAGUGUAUUUGGACAGUGACAGCGAUGGGAUUUUGAGUCACUCACUGCAGACUUGUGGGGACUCAGUAUUUUACUCUCAGCUUUAGUGUUCAUAUCAUUAUUACUUGAAAAGGUUAUAGUUGUGAGUGUUGCUUAAUUCAGUGCCACCACGAUGUGUUUCUCAAAUGUAUUAAUAAACCUUUUUCUAGUUUUA